AGCUCAUUAUUUUUCUUCUCUCCCACAGAUCUGCAACCUGUCAUCACCUCUCCCAGCUAGUCAGUGUUUCCGAGCACAGCGGUGCUUCUGUCACUUUGUGCUUCCAAAGUCCCCUCUGCAUCCACCAAAAACAUCCCAGGACCACAGGCUGUGAUAUUAGAGUGAAAAAUGGGGUCAUCUUCUGCCCUGUUGCUUGUUCUGGGGUUCACCACGGGUUUAUGGAGUCUCAACCCAGAUGACCCCAAUGUGUGCAGCCACUGGGAGAGCUAUGCUGUGACAGUCCAGGAAUCUUAUGCUCAUCCCUUCGACCAAAUCUACUACACCAGAUGUACUGACAUCCUCAACUGGUUCAAAUGCACGCGACACAGGAUCAGCUAUAAGACGGCUUACCGGCGGGGAGUGAGGACCAUGUAUAGGCGCCGCUCGCAGUGUUGCCCUGGUUACUUUGAGAGUGGAGACCUGUGUGUGCCAUUGUGUACAGAGGAAUGUGUCCAUGGUCGCUGUGUGUCUCCUGAUACAUGUCAGUGUGAGCCCGGCUGGGGCGGACUGGACUGUUCCAGUGCAAACACAGCCAAUGGAACAGGCUGUGAGAGUGACUACUGGGGACCUCACUGCAGUAAUCGGUGCCAGUGCCAAAAUGGGGCUAAAUGUAACCCCAUCACAGGUGCCUGUGUCUGCACUGAUGGCUACCAGGGAUGGCGUUGUGAGGAGCCUUGUGAGCAUGGUUACUAUGGCAAGGCCUGCCAGCUACCCUGCCAGUGCCUCAAUGGUGCCACCUGCGACCAUGAGACAGGAGAGUGUAUCUGUGCACCAGGGUACACAGGGGCUUUCUGUGGGGAGCGGUGCCCGUCUGGUAGUCAUGGGCCUCAGUGUGAGCAGCGCUGUCCCUGUCAGAAUGGAGGAAUGUGCCACCACAUCACCGGAGAUUGUUCUUGCCCUACAGGGUGGACGGGUUCAGUUUGUGCCCAGCCGUGCCCAUUUGGCAAGUACGGCAUCAAUUGCAGCAAGGACUGUUCUUGUCGAAAUGGUGGCUUGUGUGACCACAUUACAGGACAGUGCCAGUGUGCAGCUGGCUUCAGUGGACGCAGGUGUCAGGAUGACUGUCCUGUUGGCACUUAUGGCCCGCAGUGUAACCAGAGGUGUGAGUGUCAGAAUGGAGCCAAGUGUCACCAUAUCAAUGGAGCCUGUCUGUGUGAAACAGGGUUUAAAGGGCCUAAUUGCCAAGAGCGGUUUUGUCCGUCUGGUCUCUAUGGGCUUAUCUGUGACAAGUACUGCCCCUGUAAUGCCACCAACACUGUAAGUUGCCACCCUCUUUCUGGUGAAUGCACCUGCUCUGUGGGAUGGGCAGGACUGUACUGUAAUGAAACCUGCCCGCCUUCAUACUACGGAGAGGGAUGCAUUCUGCCAUGCAACUGUGCUAAUGGAGCUGACUGUCAUGCUGUCACAGGGGCCUGUGUUUGUCCACCUGGGUUCAUGGGUGAGGACUGUACCACUGCCUGUCCCCCUGGUCUCUAUGGACCAAACUGCAUGUCCACCUGCUCUUGUCAUAAUCAUGCGUCCUGCUCUUCUGUGGAUGGCUCCUGCAUCUGCAGGGAAGGCUGGCAGGGUGUGGAUUGCUCCAUCCUUUGUUCCAGUGGCCAGUGGGGCCUCAGCUGUAAUCAGACAUGCUUGUGUGCCAACGGAGCUGCCUGUGACCCCAUAGAUGGCACCUGUACAUGUUCUCCUGGGUGGAGGGGAGAACACUGUGAUGAGCCGUGCCCUGAUGGCACGUAUGGGUUGGAAUGUCGUGAACGCUGUGACUGUAGUCAUGCUGAUGGCUGUGAUCCAGUGAGUGGCUACUGCCGAUGUUACCCGGGUUGGACAGGUAUCCACUGCGACAAUGUGUGUCCACAAGGUUUCUGGGGUCUGAAUUGUUCAGUCAGCUGCUCCUGUCAGAAUGGAGGUUCCUGCUCUCCCGAGGACGGCACUUGUGUGUGUGCACCUGGAUACAGAGGGACCUCCUGCAAAAGAAUCUGCUCUCCUGGGUUCUACGGGCACCGCUGCAGCCAGUCAUGCCCACAGUGUGUGCACAGUACCGGUCCAUGCCAUCAUGUCACGGGUCACUGUGAGUGCCUGCCCGGCUUCUCCGGCUCUCUGUGCAACCAAGUGUGUCCAAGUGGCAGGUAUGGGAGGGGCUGUGCUGAGAUCUGCCUUUGCACCAACAAUGGUACCUGCAACCCCAUCGAUGGCUCCUGCCAGUGUUUCCCUGGGUGGAUAGGAGAUGACUGCUCUCAGGCCUGUCCUUCUGGGCACUGGGGACCCGAUUGUCUCAACUCGUGCAACUGCCACAAUGGAGCCCAGUGCAGUGCCUACGACGGCGAGUGCAGGUGCAGCCCAGGCUGGACCGGUCUCUACUGCACACAGCGCUGUCCUUCUGGGUUCUAUGGCAGGGACUGUGCUGAAGUCUGUCGCUGCCAGAACGGUGCUGACUGCGACCACAUCACUGGCCAGUGUGCGUGCCGAACUGGCUUCAUUGGCACUGGCUGUGAGCAGAAGUGUCCUGCUGGAACAUUUGGUUACGGUUGCCAGCAACUGUGUGAGUGCUUGAACAAUGCCACAUGUGACUAUGUGACCGGAACAUGCUACUGCAGCCCCGGAUACAAAGGCAUCCGCUGUGAUCAAGCAGCUCUGAUGAUGGAAGAGCUGAACCCCUACACCAAGAUUAGUCCUGCACGAGGCUCGGAGCGGCAGUCUGCAGGAGCUGUCAUGGGCAUCAUCUUUCUCCUCCUCAUCAUCAUGGCUAUGCUCAGUCUGUUUGUGUGGUACAGACAGCGACAGAGAGACAAAGGUCAUGAGAUCCAGCCCAGUGUGUCCUACACACAGGCCAUGCACAUCACCAACACUGACUAUUCCCUCUCUGAGUGUGGCAGUACUCUCGCUAUGAGAUCGAGUGCUGCAGAGGUCAAUCAGAGUCAGAGCAGCAUCAGCAGUGGUCAGUGCUUCUCCAAUCCAAGCUACCACACUGUGGCCCAGUGUAAUGUUGUCUCCACCAUCUCCAGUAAUCUGGAUAGCACGCUGACCCUCAAAUCAAACACCCAGAAAAACAGAAAUGGCUCAGACUGGAGAGCGUACUGCAAUCUCAAUGACUUAGAUGUUCAACAAGACACGUCUGUGUCUGAGACACAGACGCAGAGAGGAUCCAGAAAAGAUUACAUUAAGGGCUCCAUGUGCAGCAACAGCUCCUGCUCGCUGAAUAGUGAGAAUCCAUACGCCACCAUUAGGGACCCACCAGGGCUGGCUUGCAAGCACACAGAGAGCAGCUACGUGGAGAUGAAAUCCCCCUCCCACCGUGAAGUGCCCUUUGGAGGCACUGCCACCCUCCUGGGCAGUGCAGGCAGGAACGUCUAUGAUGUCGAGCCGGCGGUGAGUGUUCUACAGGGACCCAAUGGAUUGGCUACUGGCUUCUCCCAGACCCCCUAUGACCUUCCUCGUGGGAGCCACAUUUCCAGUCACUAUGACAUAUUGCCCAUGCGCCACAGUCCCAUGCACACCCCACCGCCUCCCCCAGAGAGUCCCAGCUCCCUGCUCUAGAAGGUGAAGCAUCCACCUGACCCUGACAGCCAGUGUCCAGCCAUCUUUGAACCAGUGGUCCUCCCCUUGUCCUCUGUGUGUGUGUGUGUGUGUGUGUGUGUGUGUGUGUGUGUGUGUGUGUGUGUGUGUGUGUGUGUGUGUGUGUGUGUGUGUGUGUGUGUGUGUGUGUGUGAGACGCUGAGAUGGAAGGGAUGUCACAGCUCUUCUGGACCCUGUUCUCUUUGGCACUCACACUUCCUGUUGCCUAAAGGAAGGAGAACAGAAAAGAGCAUCCCACACACCAGCGAACAUUCACACACAUUUUAUUUUCCUGUAAAGGUGAUCACUGAAAUGGCUGCCUGGCCUCUUUAUGGACAUUCUGCAAA